UUGUCGACUUUGGCUGACUUUGAUCAUCCAGACUUCGGUUGUGGUCGAACUCAGUGCUGGUUCACCUCGUAAUUUGGCUUCGUUUCUCCGUUACAAGACUACAGAAAGAAAUAGAAAGCUUUUUUCGCUUUGUGAGGAUGGAGAUAGCAAGAAAGUGUCCGUUUUUAGCGCGAGUUCCGUCGAAUUUCAUCCGCCAUGCUAGGCCUCCAGUGUUGAUGUCGUUUGCGGAGACUUGUCCAGUUAUGUCCCAAUUGCUGGAUACUAAGACUCCAGUGGCGCCUUUGAGCACUUCUGGGGCUAGAUCCAAGGCUGACUCAACUGCUCACCCCAAACUUGUUGAUGGGUAUGGAAAAUGCCCUUUCAUGAAAACUGUUGGCACCAAUCCACUAAUACCAAGCCAGGAAGUUACUUUGGCUGAAAGUAAAGACACUACUGGAUUAGAGAAAUGUGGUUUUUCCUCCAAGAGUUUCAAGAAUGACGCUGUGAGUGCAGUCAAAAAUGUUGGCUUUAACUUUGGAGGAAUGGCUAAAAUGUAUUCAACUCCAUCAAUCAAGCACCUCCCCUUUGCUAUGAGAGCCAUGUCAACAGACUCUUCAGUUCCAGAGCCAUCCCAAGAGGCAGAAGGGUUUGAUUAUGAUAAGUUCUUUGAGGCUGAGAUAGAGAAGAAGAAGGCGGACAGUACAUACCGUGUGUUUAAAAGGGUUAAYCGCCUUGCCAUGGACUUCCCUCAUGCUAAGACUUACRGUAGUCAAGCUGAUAGUAAAGAUGUAAUGGUUUGGUGUAGUAAUGACUAYCUUGGUAUGAGCAGACAUCCUGAGGUACUGAAGAUGGCCAGGGAGACUAUUCAGGAACAUGGAGUUGGUUCAGGAGGAACUCGGAACAUUUCUGGCACCACAAGCUUCCAUGAAUCCCUUGAAGCACAACUAGCAAGACUUCACAACAAGGAAGCAGCUUUAGUCUUCACGUCUUGCUAUGUGGCUAAUGAUACCACUUUGUACACUCUUGGCAAACAAUUGCCAGGAUGUCAGUAUUUCUCAGACGCGGGUAACCACGCAUCCAUGAUCCAAGGAAUACGUAACAGUGGUGCCAAGAAGUUCAUCUUCCGCCACAACGAUCCUGCACACCUUGAAGAGCUUUUAAAGGCAGCUGAUCCCGCGGUGCCUAAGAUAGUCGCCUUUGAGACUGUUCACUCGAUGACUGGUGAUAUUUGCCCAUUGAAGGAACUCUGUGAUGUUGCACACAAGUAUGGUGCUCUUACUUUCGUGGAUGAGGUCCAUGCUGUUGGUUUGUAUGGUGAUCACGGUGCAGGUGUUGGUGAACGAGAAGGUCUCGUACAUGAUAUGGACAUUAUCACCGGUACCCUUGGUAAGGCGUUUGGUGGAGUAGGAGGAUAUGURGCCGGUUCUGCAUCGUUGAUUGACACCAUUCGUAGCUAUGGAGCAGGUUUCAUCUUCACAACCUCUCUCCCUCCUGUCAUCAUUAACUCUGCCAGGAAGUCCAUUGAGAUUCUGGCCAGCGAGGAGGGUCGUCAGCUUCGUAGCAAGCAUCAAGCUGUUGUCAAGAGGCUGCGCAACAAGCUUGUUCAACGUGGUCUUCCUGUCAUUGCUGCUCCGUCCCAUAUUGUGCCUAUUCAUGUUGGUGACCCAGCAAAGUGUACCAAGGUCUCUAACGAUCUCAUGUCCAAGCAUAACAUCUACAUCCAGGCCAUUAAYUACCCUACCGUAGCACGAGGAGAGGAACGACUUCGUAUUGCACCCACCCCCAUGCACACCGAAGACAUGAUGGACCGAUUGGUGAACGAUCUCGCUAGUGUUUGGGCUGAAAAUGACAUGGAGUUCCUGAGUCCCCACUGCAGCAACUCGUGYGAUUGUCAGGAUCGGUGUAUUCGCGUCACUGACUUUGACUUCAACAAGUAUGCCACCCCCGUCAAGACGGUCAUCAAGACUUAGGUCGACCACCGACUGGAGGCUCUUCAUGCUGUGGUUUAUAAAAAUGUUGACGGUAGAAAAACAAUAUUUCGACUAUCACCCCCCAUAAAACCGUGGCCUUCCAUAUUGCAUUCAUGUUCCAACAAUGUAAGAUUUCCAGAGAAAUAUUACAAACUGACCAUGAAAACAUUUUCCAAGGAAGAAGCAURGUGGCUAGAGUCUCGUUACGAGACGUUAACCACAAAAAAACCUCUGCCAGUCUUUUUACCGUCAUUGUUUUUMAACCAGUUGUAUGUGAGCAAGCGACAAUACAAUCAUUCAAUUUUUUCCAAUUAUGAUUUGAGCACUAAUUUAUAAUGAUAAAACAUUCAUUUGAAUGUAAUUUUUCACAAAAGGGGUCACCAUAUAUAGAUAUAAUAUUUAGAAAUCAGUAKGGGCACAAAUAAUUUGUUUAAAAUAAAAUGUUUGAAGCAUUAA